GGCCGUGGUGACGUCACACCGCUUCCUGUCUCCACCCGUUAGCAGCUAGCAGCCAUGAUGCAGGAAGGGCUGGACGACGGACCCGACUUCCUCUCCGAGGAGGACCGGGGACCGCGGGCGGUGAACGUGGAUCUGCAGACAGACGCCACGCUGCAGGUCGACAUCUCCGACGCUCUGAGUGAGAGAGACAAGGUCAAGUUCACCGUCCACACCAAGAGCACGCUCCCGAACUUCAAGCAGAACGAGUUCUCGGUGGUCCGACAGCACGAAGAGUUCAUCUGGCUGCACGACUCCUUCGUAGAGAACGAAGAGUACGCAGGAUACAUCAUCCCCCCUGCCCCCCCCAGGCCAGACUUCGAUGCGUCCCGAGAGAAGCUGCAGAAGCUCGGCGAGGGAGAAGGCUCCAUGACCAAGGAGGAGUUCACCAAGAUGAAGCAGGAGCUGGAGGCAGAGUACCUGGCCAUCUUUAAGAAGACUGUGGCCAUGCACGAGGUCUUCCUGUGCCGUGUGGCGGCUCAUCCUGUUCUCAGGAAAGACCUCAACUUCCACGUCUUCCUGGAGUACAACCAGGACCUGAGUGUCCGAGGGAAGAACAAGAAGGAGAAGCUGGAGGACUUCUUUAAGAACGUGGUGAAGUCAGCCGACGGAGUCCUGGUGGCCGGAGUCAAGGUGGACGUGGACGACUUCUUCGAGCACGAGAAGACAUUUCUGUUAGAAUAUCACAACAGAGUGAAAGACGCUUCGGCCAAAUCUGACAGAAUGAUCCGCUCGCACAAAAACGCAGCAGACGACAUCAACAGAAUGGCCUCGUCUCUCUACACGUUAGGAACGCAGGACUCCACCGAGCUCUGCAAGUUCUUCCUCAAAGUGUCAGAGCUGUUUGAGAAAACAAGGAAAAUCGAAGCUCGAGUUGCAGCCGAUGAAGACCUGAAGCUGGCCGACCUGCUGAAAUAUUACCUGAGAGAGUCCCAGGCUGCCAAGGACCUGCUGUACCGGAGGAGUCGGGCUCUGGUGGACUACGAGAACGCUAACAAAGCUCUGGACAAAGCUCGCGCCAAGAACAGAGACGUGCUGCAGGCCGAGACCAGCCAGCAGCUCUGCUGCCACAAGUUUGAGAAGAUCUCAGAGUCAGCCAAGCAAGAGCUCGUGGACUUCAAGGCGAGACGAGUUGCAGCUUUCAGGAAGAACCUGGUGGAGCUGGCUGAGCUGGAGCUCAAACACGCCAAGGGGAACCUCCAGCUGCUGCAGAGCUGUCUGGGAGUUCUCAAAGGAAACACUUAACUGUGUGGCCCCGCCCACUUCAAACUGGACACGCCCCCUUCUACACAGCCCCCCCCCCCAUUGGCUGGCUGUGGUUGGAGCCGGGACUCUGGACCAGAGACAGAGAACACACUGUCGUCUGCAGCACUAACUAAACACCAGUUGUUGCUAGAAGGGACUCAGCUACGGCCAUAAGUUACACUAAAUUACUCUAAAUCUAUAUAUAUAUAUAUAUAUAUAUAUAUAUAUAUAUAUAUAUAUAUAUAUAUAUAUAUAUAUAUAUAUAUUUGAACCCAGGAAACACGUGCUCGUUCCUCGAGGGUUUCAACCAAAACCAUCUUCUUCCUAAACUAGCUGUUGUCGCCGGAGCUGUUUCCUUUCCAGCCUCAACCCCAAAUGCCACCUUCUUCCUCCUCCUCCUCUUCCUCUUCUUCCUCCUCUUCCUCCCUCUCUCUCCAGCAGCACUGGUAGGAAACGUUUCUAUCACAGAACAGCAGAAACUGAAUGUUUUCUGGUAUUUUUCCGUUUCUGUGCGUCUGCUCCCAGCUCGUCUCCAUCUUACCAACAUGUUCGUCUUUUACUGAGUCAAACUAACUCGCUUUCUUCUUAAAACAUCUAAACCUGAAUCUUUAUCUCAUUAUUAUAAGUUAACACUCUCUGGUUUCUUUAUUUAAUUCCAGAAAAGUUCAUUCAGUUGCUCUACUCUUCAACAGUUCAAUUUUAUUAAAAGGUAACUUAGUUUUCUAUCACCCUGGACUCUGUGAAACUGGUCCAGUAUUAAACCAGAACCGAGCUGUAAUGUAACCCUACAGGACUGAUGUUCAGCAGCAGUUA